UCGGCCGCCCGCCCGCCGCUCCCAGGUUUUGCGAAGGGCAGCGAUGAAGAGGAAGCUGGCACUCUCCGAGAUGCAGUUGGUUCUUCUCGUUUUAUUGGUGUGGCUACCAACAAGAUCAGUACUGGCUGACUCGCUGGAAGACGAAGCUAAGAAUAACAUCACCAUCUUUACAAGAAUUCUAGACAGACUUCUGGAUGGUUAUGAUAAUCGCCUCAGACCUGGAUUAGGAGAUAGUAUUACUGAAGUCUUCACUAACAUCUAUGUGACCAGUUUUGGACCUGUGUCAGAUACUGAUAUGGAGUACACGAUAGAUGUUUUCUUCCGUCAGAGAUGGAAGGAUGAGAGAUUAAAGUUUAAAGGCCCAAUGAACAUUCUUCGACUGAACAACCUAAUGGCCAGCAAAAUCUGGACUCCAGAUACAUUUUUUCACAAUGGGAAGAAGUCAGUGGCUCAUAACAUGACAAUGCCAAACAAGCUUCUACGAAUCCAGGAUGAUGGGACACUCUUGUACACCAUGAGGCUUACAGUCCAAGCUGAAUGUCCAAUGCACUUGGAGGACUUCCCUAUGGAUGCUCACUCGUGCCCACUGAAAUUUGGCAGCUAUGCAUACACAACUUCAGAAGUGACAUACAUUUGGACUUACAAUGCUUCAGAUUCAGUGCAAGUGGCACCAGAUGGCUCGAGACUGAAUCAGUAUGAUCUUUUAGGCCAAACAAUUGGAAAAGAGACAGUUAAGUCAAGUACAGGUGAAUAUACAGUAAUGACGGCUCAUUUUCACUUGAAGAGAAAAAUUGGUUACUUUGUCAUUCAGACUUACCUCCCCUGUAUCAUGACUGUCAUUCUGUCUCAAGUGUCAUUCUGGCUGAACAGAGAAUCUGUACCUGCCAGGACAGUCUUUGGAGUAACAACUGUGUUGACGAUGACAACACUGAGCAUCAGUGCUCGAAAUUCACUCCCCAAAGUAGCAUAUGCAACAGCUAUGGAUUGGUUUAUUGCUGUUUGUUAUGCAUUUGUAUUCUCUGCAUUAAUUGAGUUUGCAACUGUAAAUUAUUUCACAAAACGAGGAUGGGCCUGGGAUGGAAAAAGUGUAGUGAAUGAUAAGAAAAAAGAAAAAGCAUCUGUCAUUAAGAAAAACAAUGCCUAUGCAGUGGCUGUUGCCAACUAUGCUCCAAACAUAACCAAGGACUCAGUGCUGCCAACCAUCUCCAAGAGUGCUACAACUGCAGAACCCAACAAGGCAAAACCAGAAGCGAAGCCACAAGAAGCAAAGAAGACAUUCAACAGCGUUAGCAAAAUUGACAGAAUGUCUAGAAUAGUGUUUCCAGUCUUAUUUGGUACUUUUAAUUUAGUGUAUUGGGCUACAUAUUUAAACAGGGAGCCUGUCUUACUUGGCUUUGCACCCUCAACCUAAAAGCUGACUUGCACUGAGGACUUCAAGCAUCAUUCUAAUCAGAUAGGUUGUUCGCUAUGUACAGUCCAACUAAUAACUGCUAAUCUGUGAACCAUUAUGUACAGUGUGUAUAUAAAUGUCUGUGUGUCUCCAAAGGAGGGACACAGUGUUAAUUCAUGGGUCUGUAAACAGAUAGCACCCAUGGCAAAUACAGCCAGCUCUUUAAAAGUUAAACCCAGGGGACUUCUGUUAAACUAGGAUUCAAAUAUACAGAAUUAUAUUCUCUCCGUACAAUGAGAUGAAGAUGUGAUCCUACAUAAUUAUUUAGGAGCAGUAUUUUUUUAAUUUAAAGUUAAAAUAUUUUUCUAUAAAGUAACUAAUUCUACUUUAGUGAAAAAACUGUCAUUUAAAAAAGUGAUUUUUUUAAAAAGGUGUAAUUGUUUCAUACAAUAGCAGUACCCGUGUACAUAACAGAGUACAGAGGUCGUACAGUUCUGCUAUUCACAAACAUUCUGGAUACAAGUUAGAUUGAAGAGGUAGUAAACACUACUGUAUGGCAAAAGCCACCAGUUUCUUACUUCUUUCCUCUUGGAAGUUGUUAAUAAAUUCAUCUAAUUGAUUUCAGGGGAAAGGGUUAAUCAAAUUCGGUAUCAACCAACUUCUGCUAGUGAGAUACUUAUUUUUUCACUGUUUUAUUUAUUUAAUAUUACUAGGAUGGACUGUCUGGUUCAACAAAGCUGGAUUUUUUAAUUAUUAUUUUGGACUUUGUUCUUAAUGAAGUUAUUUUCAGAUUUAUAGAAUCACUCAGAAUUUUUUCAGGUUUAAAUUCGUCAGUAAUAGAAUAUACUUUUUUUCUUUGCUUAAUGUUUUCCUAAAGCCUGCCAUUAAAAUAUUUACCUGUAUUUGUCCCAGGAAGCACUGUUUUCAAGGGAAACAAGAACCAUGAUUUAAGUUCAGGAAUAUGUCCAUAUAAUAAUAUUUGCUGCUGCUUUUGUAAAUUGCAACUUUACAUUUCGCUGACAUGACUUUACAACUUUGUAUACUAGAAAUGAUUUUGCUAAGAUUUGAAUGUUAUUUUUUUAAUAAAAGGUCAUGCAUCAUCAGUAGGCAUCAACUAUAUUUCAUAUACACAAAUAUAACAAAAUUGGAUCUGCCACUGGCAAUUUUAUAAGAACAUUUAAUACUAUCAGUAAAAGUGUUUUUCUUCUGAGCCUUUGCAAAGAUUCUUUAUGCCCCUAAAGGCCUGGUAAAUCAUAGCAUAGAUAAUAAUUGUGUACUGUAUUUAGAUUUUAGUAUACUUGGCCAAUCAAAAAUAUUUUGAUUCACACAUACAUUAGCAGUUAUUAGCUGACCUUUAAAAAAGAUACACCUUUAUGAUGAUGUCUUCUAGUAGAGACAUAUGUAGUCGUAUAGUGUCAUUUAUUGCAGUUUUGUACAGUAACUUGAGUAUAGUGCAUAAAAUAGAUAUGUUCAGAGUUAAAAAAAAAGUUGUGCAAAUAUUUCUAAAAUCAAAUAAAAGAGUAUCUUAAGACAUGGAAGUGUGCUAAAAACAACAAAGAGAAACACGGCUUUCUUUUGCUGGUUUAUUUUCUUGCUCUUUCUUUGCUUUUGAUGUGAUUCUGUUUUGUACUUUGUGUGACAGUAUAGAUGCCAAGGUCACAAAUGCAUAUUAUAAAUAGAAUAAAUAGUUAAGACAGAGUUGACAUCAGUAAAAUAAAGACAUUUGGUAUGUUAUAAAAGAAAGGGAGAAGCAUGGAUAAGGUGUGUAUCCCUUGAAUUCCCUCCAGUUAAACUGUCAGACUAAACCUUUCUCAUCAACAGUAGCUUAAAAAUGAGCACUUUACUCAGAACAUUAAAAUAAAAAUAUCCUUAUUUUCAUAUAUAUUUAUAUGUAAAUGUAGAUCUUCCAUGUAAUAUGGAGAUGUGUGCAAUAGUGUGAUUAUGAACAAAAGGUUAGAAGGCAAGCAAUAAAAAAAGGGUUUUUCAUGGUAUAAGAAUACAUUUUUAAAAUGUUUCAUUUGUAAAUUAUAAAUUUUCCCUUCAACAUCACAUUGGUGGUCCAGGUAUGAAUAAAUAUAUAAAUAUGUACAUAUGUACAAAUAAUUGUAAAUAUCAGGACUGUAGAAAAAUCCCUUUACUCCUAGCUCUGGUUUUGGCAAAGGGCUCUGACUGUAUAGUUUAAUGGAGGCCCCUGCUAAAAUGCUCCUGAACUCAAAUAGCUCGAUUAUAUGGCUGAGGUCUCCUUUCUGUGACCUAGGGAGAGUUCUUACCUUCUGUUCAUGUUAGCAAGAUCUAGGGACUCUCCAAACCUCACUGGACUGAGGUAUGAGAAACAGGAGAUUUGUGUUUCACCCUUGGCUACAUCCCAGCUACUCAAACCCUUCACAGUGUUGAAAUUGUUGUGUAUUUCUCCACACACAACACUGUGUAGUCAGAACUCUCCCCAUGCCAAAUAUGAGUGUGCUCAGUCAUGUUGAAUUACCUGAUAAGGAAGGAUUUUGCUCCUUAUCCAAGAAUGAGACCUCCUCAAAGGCUUUUAAUGGUGAAGUGUUCUCCAACAAGACUUCUCUGGAAAAUAACAUCUGGGUAACUCAGAGCUGCAUGCAAAAAAGUGUAUCUUCAGUUUGCCCAAGAAGCCCGAUGCUGUCUCAUAUUAGUCAGCCUUGCUGCUACUGCUUUUAUUGGGUACAACUACUUUUUCAUUCACUGACCCUUUUCUCUACACUUGCUUGAGUCGAUAGAAAAAGCCAGGUUUAUCACCUGGUAAAGUUACAUUCAUUGCCCAUUAGAAAAGUAAGCAUACUAUAUAAACCCAGUGGGAAAAAAAACCCAAAACAUUUUAAAUAUUUACAUGCAGUUAUUGUGGGCAUCAGCAAGGCUUUUAAAUGAAUGUGCUCCAGAAAAUUUAGUUAGUUGGUCUACAUUAAAGCAAUCUCCUUCUAUGGGAAGAAGAAGUAUGCUUUACUUUUUCACUGCUGAAACAGGUACAGUGGCCCAAGUGGGUACACAUAAGUUGCAGAUUUGUAAGACUACCAACUGGAUAAGUGAAUAUAAAUGUAAAGAUUUAAGUGAAUGGGAGCAUCAUGCAAGGAAUAUAAGAGUCAGGCCUUAUUUUCACUUAGAGGGAAUCUGUGUCAUUUCAUUUAGUAUAUAAUCUGUGUCUGGGAUUUUAAAGUUAAUGUCACAAAUCUAGAUGCCAAAUAUGUAGAGGUUUCCUGUAAUUUGGGUAAAUCUUGCAGGUCGUAAAUACCUAAAGUGGGGAGUAUGAGUGAGAAAAUACAAGUCACUUCUCUGUCAAGGACUUGCACAUGGAAUCUGCCAGUGAAUUUUUUGGUUGACAUAUUAAUCUAAUUUACUUCUCCCAUUAUUCUUGGGUCAGCGUGCCAUAUUUUAUGACUUUGGAAAUUAAUAAAAUAAAGACAAAGAUUAAACACUGUGGUAAAGUUAGAUUGGAGUUACAGUAAUCCUUAAUGAGGUUUAUGAAAUAGGCUUCCAGUGUAGUACUGGGGCACAUACUUCUGGAUGCAUGUCAGUUAAUUUAACAGUAAUUUAUAAAUCAGCAUGGAAAGUAGAGAUCAGCACAGUUCAUCAGCCAGAAUUGUCUGCUGGAGAAUUCAUGACAGGAGAGUAGCUUUGAAACUUCUCAAUUAUGCUGUGGCCAAGUAAAUUACCUCCACCUGUCAGAUGUGAGCUAGUUCAACUUGUAACUGCUGCAUUGUUGAGCAUCUUAAAAAAAAUGUUAUGGUAGGCGUUCUGAGAUAUGAACUUUAGUUUGGGAGACUUCUCAUACCACUGAACAUUAUUCUAAAAUAGGGGGCCAAUUUGCCUGUGUAGUCACAGGAAAGAGCAUCUAGAGACCGAACAGGAGCCUUACUGAAUCACCUCCCCUUCCCAGUGGUUACAGAUAACCUACAGGGUGAUGAGACUUUUCAAAAGUGACCAAAAACUGUCUGCAUGAAACCAGCCAGAAGCAGCAGGGAGGAGGUUGGGAUGGAUGGGAGAGGAAAGGAAAAAAGAGAGCACACAAAUGGCUUUGUUACCAUGGCAGUGGAAUGUGAGAUAAUUGAGGAAGAAGUCACUGAGGGAGGUAAUGUGUAUUUUUGUUUCAGCUUCAGUUCUGAGCCUUCAUUGCCACAUGUGAGUUGUGGGACAGUACAUAGAGCACAUAAAAUGGAAAUACUUGUAUAAUUCUGCUGAACUUGAGGGACAUGAGUUGUGCCUUUGAAAGUGAGAGGCCUCUACUGACUGCUUUGUGUAAACAAGCCAUGCAAUGCUGCAUGUCUCCUGCUGUUGGGAACCUCUUGGGUGGAAGGAGAAGAGAAGCUUCAGAAAUUAAGUAGAAUUUUGGUAAUUCUACGCUUGGUUUUCUUAAAAAGCAUGGCUUUCACUUAAGCACAGAGAGUCAGCACUCAUCCUCCAUACCUCUCAUUGCUCUUCUGAAACCUUAGUAGUGCCCAGGUUUUGCCUUGACCUUCACAAAAUAGGUGAAGUCUAUGCUGCUGAACAUUACCACUCCUAAAAAAUUUGCAUGAAAGAUUAUUUCAGUGUGGAUAUGAAGCUAUCAUCAUCUAUACUCAAUUGUGUGCAGACACAUAAUGCAAAAAUUUAUAAAGCCGUGCAAUGAGUUUUAAAGUAGAGGAAGAAAACAUUUUAAAAUAAACCCAGUAAGUUAACUACAUUAAUUUAAAAAACACAGAGUUUGACAAUUGUACAAAUGUCUAAACAUACCUAAAUAGACUCUCUGAGUGUGGUAUAAUUUCAUACCAUGUAUAAAGUUUUUGUCUUACACACAUUUAAAUGCUAAAAUAAAUAUUUGAAUUUAUGUAAAAGUCAGAUCACCCUUCAACCUUGAGUAAAGUGAAUGGUUCUUUAAAAAGUUGUGUUAGGAUUCCUUCCCUCUCAUCCCAGCAACAGUGAACCUCCUGCAAGAAUGCUCUUAGAGUGAAAUAUAAAUUCAAGCUACAUCCCUUUAAUAGUUCUUUUUCUUUUCUUUUCCACCUAAUUUCUGUAGAUGGCCCAAACUUCCUAACAAAUAGAACUUUUAAUUAUUUGUUAAAUCCAGAUAUUAAUUACAGCCAUCUGAGAAUCAGUGAGGGAGUUUAAGUCUUUAGUAGUAGAAGUUAAAGGCCCAAAACUUUGUUACAAUGCAUGACAUAUGUUAAUCACAAAAAAAUAUUUUUUCCCUCUACUUUAAACCACUUAAUUUUCUAGAUUCAGAUCUUUCUGAGUGAAUCUUCUAACUCAUGUUUAUGGAGUCUGUGAUUAUAUCUUACUGGAAGAGGAUACAUUUUGAGGGCUUGACAUGAUGGAGAUCAGGGCAAAUCUGCAGUGAAUUUAAAAUAAAACUAAUUUAUAUCCUCAUCAUAUUCAUCUUUAUCAAUGAAGCCAGUAAGGACUUUUACAGAAGAGGAGUACACCUAACCUGGGCUCCCCUUUGCAUAUGGGUUGUCAGAUCUUUCAGCCCUUAAAAGAAGUGUCAACCAUACUGAAGUAAAGGACUUUAUGUCUGGUUUUUUCUUGAUAUUUACUAAUGCCCUUUAAUAUUGUGAAAAUGCUAUAAGUUAGGAUGAGGUGAUAACACUAACAUAAAGGAAUUUGGAGGAUACUUUAACAUAUGCAAGAUGAUGUAUACUCUUCCUCUAGUGUUGGAGUCUACAUAAAUAUAUACGAUUAUAUUUUUAUUGUUGGAUAAUUUAAAAGUUCUAUUUUGCUUUCAAAUUCUUUACAUAAUGUUGUGAACACUCAAUAAGGUGUUCUGGAGUGUGUCCUUAUGCAUUCAAGUUUUUUAAUGAUUGCAAUGAGUGCUUUCAUUCAUCUGAUAUUAAAGGCGUGAACUUCAACAGGUUGAAGUGUUAUAUUUGUUUUCCAAUACUUUGUCCAUCAAACUAUGCCACUGAGGAUGGAUGGAAAUAGUGAAUGGAACAAGACAUUACUUUGAUCAACUGCUUUUGAUAUUCUUUAUUAGAGGUUAAUUUUGGCUGAAUUUAUCAGUUUAUAGGCUACUGUAGCUUAGCAAUAGCACGGAAUGCAAUGUAGUACUUUACAUCUAUUAGAAUACAUAUGCACCGUAUCUAUAAACUGUUAAAAAAUCAGUUCCUAAACUGCACCCCUUCACCCUCUCCCCUCCAAAUAGUCACAAUAGAAACAUUUGAAGGCACUUUAAUUUUAAUGGAAGUGAUUACACUAAAUGUUGUUAUACUUGAUUAAAAAAAUAGUAAAAAUAAAGUGGUCUCUGAUUCAUACAUGGUUUGCAAUUUCUUAGCUGGGCUGGAGUCAGAAAUCAUUUAUGCAUUGUAUGACAAAUCUUUAGUGAGUCACUAAGGUGUGAAAAUGUAUAGGACUUGGAAAAUAGGCACUCCCAGUAUAUUAAAAAGAAGGGAAUGAGAAGAAUGAAACCAAUAAUUUUGAAAUUAAACACCAAUCAAAUAUGCACAGUAAGAAACUGCAUGAUAAAUGUAAGUAUACUUAACCUUGAACAUCAAUGUCAUAUAAAUCUUCUGGGUGACAGUUUACUUAUUUAGUAGGUUUCAUAGUUGUUAUAAAUAAAUAAAGAAGAUGAUAAUAUUCUGUAAUUUGUGACCUUGUUUUAACUGGGAAAAUUGUUACUUUUCUAAAAUGUAAAAGAAAUAACUGGAUUUAUGUUUGAAUGUGUCACUGCUUGCUGUUGAAGAAUAUUUAUUAACCACAUGCAAAA